CUCUUCUUGCAAAGUUGGUACCGUCCGUACUACAGCUGAUCGGCCUCGACCCCCCGGUGCGGUCCAUCGGACUGUCCGCGGCCGUUUUUAAUUUUGAAAUAAUAGAGUUUACAAUUUAUAGAUACCCACGACAGCCUUUACUGUCGACGCAUGCACCAUUGCUUUAUUUAAUAGCCAAGGAUAACUUUUGGGGGUAUUUUUGUUAAUACUUGGACGAGGAAUCCCCUUCAUAACAAUCAGGCCGUGAACCCAUCCUCGGUCUCUCAUAAUAAGUCUGAUUUUCUGACAGCUAUCUAACGUUAUGGGAGACACGGGCAGUGAGAGGAGCAAGCCUUCCACCAUACCACCACGAUGUCCUUGUGGAUUCUGGGGAUCCAGCAAAACCAUGAACCUCUGCUCAAAAUGCUUCUCAGACAUCCACGAGAAGCAGCCAGACGAAGACUGUCCCCCAGAGCCCGAGCCCAGCACUAGCAAUAACCAGUCAGCGGUCUUCUGUAGCGAGACGAACAGCAGCGGUAGCCAAUCCCUGCUGUUGACACCGGCCAGCACUGAGGCGCCCUCACAAGAAGACUCAGGAGCCACACCCCUCCCUGUACAGGAAGAAGCCUCAAGCACAGACGCAGGCCACACCACUCUGUCCACUCCCACGAAACGACCUUGCGACUCCCCCUCGGGCUCUCAGAGCGAGGAGUCCCCAGAGAAGCGGGCGCGUGUGGCUUCACCCUCACCCUCCUCCUCCUCCUCCCCUUCGCCCGCCACCCCGGACGAGACCACAGCAGCGCCCCGCGGGCCCAAGCAGAAGAACCGCCGACGCUGCCACUGCUGCCAAAGCAAACUGGAGCUGGUGCAGCAGGAGCUGGGCUCCUGUCGCUGUGGGUACGUGUUCUGCAUGCUUCACCGGCUCCCCGAGCAGCACGACUGUCUGUUCGACCACCUGGGGCGAGGGCGCGAGGAGGCCGUGCUGAAGAUGGUCAAGCUGGACCGCAAGGUUGGCCGCUCGUGCCAACGCAUCGGGGAGGAGUGCUCCUGAGGAGGCCGCCGCAGGGCAGGGGGUGGACGGACGGACGGACGGACGGAUGGAUGCAGGAAAACAGGAAGGAGGGAUGGAUGGAGGGCUGGGAGGGAGGGGGAAGAUCCUGAAGAUCCACACCUUGACUGCAUUCAAACCCCGCAGGCCCUAGCCACCUAGUCUGACCCUCCAUACACAAACUCUCACACUCACACUCACACUCACACUCACACUCACACUCACACACUCACACCAUGUGCUGCAGAACUCUUCCCUCCAAGGCGAGAAAUGUCCUGCCUCCUGUCCGUCAGUGCACCUUUUGACUCCACCCGUCUGCGACCUCUGACCUCUGACCUUUUGACUUGUGCCCCGUCGUCGUCUGCAUGCCCUUGGCACCCCUCCACCCCCUAACCCGCCCCCCUGCUCUGAGCCUUAAGUGUCCACUGCCCCAGUAACACAGAUGCCUCUUGCCCUCUUGCCCUCCUGCUCCGCACACACUGCUCUCAGAGGACUGGGGCGGUCGGGGGCCCUGCUGUGGAUCUGCUCUUGUGUACGGCUCUCUUAUUUAACCAGCCACAGCCAGGGCGGCGCUCACGCGCUAUGCCCCCCUCUCUCUCGUCCCACUCCUCUUUGAUCAGUGCUUGCACACGUUGCACGGGAAAAUGGGACUCAGCAGUCGUAUUUGAACUUCUGUUACACACACACAACACAAAAUACUCUGCGCCUGUCCGACCACACACACACACACACACACACACACACCCCACACACACACACUGCUCUUUCCUCCUGUGUGCUGGGUCUCUCAAGCUGCUUUGACACUUCCUAACCUCUCUCCCUCUCGUUUGACCCUCUUUGUGACAUGUCAACUGGUGUGUGUGUGUGUGUGUGCGUGUAUAACUGGUCAGCUCAGUCGUGCGUGCAUGAAUACGUGUGUGUGUGUGUGUGUGUGUGUGUGUGUGUGUGUGUGUGUGUGUGUGUGUGUGUGUGUGUGUGUGUGUGUGUGUGUGUGUGUGUGUGUGUGUGUGUGUGUGUGUGUGUGUGUGUGUGUGUGUGUGUGGUUGGUUACCUCAGCAGUCUAUGCCUCCUCUGUCAGUCCGCUCGGCCUACCUCCUCACUGCCUGUCUCUUGCUGAGGUCUGGGCUGAGGGGUGGGGGCAGGGGCAGGUUCCAGGUGGAUGCCCCCCCCCCCCCCUUUAAGCCUCCUCUGAGUGGACUGAGUAGGUCACUCAGGCAUCAGCAUCCCCCCCAUCCCCACUCCCACACUAUAUGCAGACGAGCCGCCCCAUGUCUGAGCCUGAGGCAAGACCUGAGCAUGGUUCUCCUGACUGUCUGUCUGUCUGUCUCUGUCUGUCUGUCUGUCUGUCCCACACAUACUUAGACACACUCACAUCACUGGCAUCACACACACACACACACACACACAUGUGCACGUAUUUUGUCAAACACAUUUGAGCACGUGUGGGGAGCUGAAGGACUGAAGCAGAAUCAGACAGCACCCGGUAGAUUAUUUUUUUUUUUUCUUCAUUU